AUGGAUUUACCAGUUGUAGCUCCGGCAGAGAUCAAUGUCAUUACACUCAACUGCUGGGGUCUCAAGUACCUGGCCAAAUUCCGUAAUGAACGUUUGGCAGAAAUCGGGAAACGCAUAGCAGCUGCAGACCCCCAACCACACAUUGUUGGACUGCAGGAAUGCUGGACACAAGAGGAUUAUAAGAGCAUCCGGAAGCAAACGAAACAUAUUCUGCCGUAUGGGAAAUUCUACCACAGCGGCAUAUUUGGUGGAGGGCUGGCUAUACUGUCGAAAUGGCCCAUAGAGGAGAGUUCCAUGUUCAGGUAUCCCCUCAAUGGAAGGCCGACUGCUUUCUUCCGAGGUGAUUGGUUCGUGGGAAAGGGUGUUGCUUCUGCAAGAAUACGAUUCGGACCGGCCUUGAAGGAUAUUGUGGAGGUCUUCACUACUCAUCUCCACGCACCUUACGAAAGCGAACCGAACGAUUCCUAUAUUUGCCAUCGAACUGCACAAGCAUGGGAAAUUGCAAAGCUUAUACGGGGAGCUACAGAACGAGGGCAUCUGGUCCUGGCUCUUGGAGAUUUCAACAUGAUUCCGCUUUCCCUCGCUCACCGUCUCAUCAGCACCCAUUCUCCUGUUCGAGAUGUCUGGCUCCUCUUACACCCCGAUUCUUCAAUAGGUGCUUCCCAUGACGCUGUUGAAAAGGCAAGGAGACGUCCCAUACCGACAGCGGACUACAAUACAGUCGAGAAUGGAGCUACAUGUGAUAGUGUCCUCAACACAUGGCGGUGGAAUAAAGGCCAGCAAAAGCUCCUAGGACGCAACAGACCAGCCAUCGAAGUACCAGGCGAUACGAUUGACCCCAAAGCGAAACGCCUAGACUACAUCUUCGCCAAUACAGCCUUCGACUUUGCGAAUCCAGAGCGAGGAGGCUGGCUCGUCAAAACCGCCAAAGUAGGCUUCCUAUCCCGACACCCGGAGUUGCAAUGCUCGCUCAGCGACCAUUUCUCCGUUGAGACAACACUUAUGCAUUCUGAAAGCGUAGAAGGUGAAAAAUCAAGACAACAAGAAGAAUCCGCGUUGAAAGCAGGCGCAUACCUCUCAUCCUCCCCCACCCCAAGCGAACUACAAACCUUACACUCCCAAUUCCGCUACACAACCCCUCCUUACCUACCUCUACAAACAUACGACGAGAUCCUGGCCAUGAUCGCCAAAUACCGACUUCGCGAAAAGCGUCAAAGACGGUUGCGAUUAGGUCAUUUCGUUGCUUGGGUCUUUGUAAGUAUAGGCUGUCUAGUAGCAGUCUGGUUCAGCCCUAGGAAUUUUGUGGCGUUUAUCUUGAUGUUGGUGAGCACGCUGGGACUUAGUGCUGGUGUAAUUGAUGGGUUGAUAGGGGGGCUGUUUGUGGGGAGUGAGAUUAGGGCGUUGAAGGAGUUCGAGUGGGAGAUUAGUAAUGCGAGGGCGGCGGCUUGUGGGGAGAGUCAUGUUUUACAGGAGGAGGGGAUCAAAGAUUGGUAG